AAAUAUUAAUGUUCCUUAUUCAUUGAGUCGUAAAAACAAAACUAGAGCUACACUUGUAUUCGGAACUAUUUGUUUUAUUUCAAAAAAUGACAGAAAAAACCGCAAGUGCAGACUUGCAGAAGUGUGCCGAGCCAGAGGUUAAGCCAUCACAGCCAGCAGUCCUCGAGAUCAUAGAAGAACUUGACAAACUUCGCGGACAUUUUGAAAGUUUGGGCAUUGAGUAUUACGUGAACAAACACAAAGCGGAGGAAAUUUACAAAACCAUGGUUCGAUUGAAGCGAGUCCGAGAUGAAUUUGAAAACAAGAAAGAGCGCUGCAUGGAGCUGAUUAAGCGCGAUGGAGAAAGCAAAACCAUUCUGGACGUAAUCGAGUACAUUGAUGACUCAUUGCAUUACAUCCGUUGUCUGCAGGAUGAUUACAGCAUGCUAGGGAUCGAAAUAAAGAAACCGAUGCAUCAAAGGACAAAUACCAAAGGGAACACACAUACAUGAAAACAUGUACCAAGAAGAAAACAAGUCUGAAUACACAAGAACCAGAAGAUACAAAUCGAACAGAGUUGGAAACCAAUCGACAAGGAUAAACAGUUUGAACCAAUAUUAUUACAUAAUUACAAUUACAAUUACAAUAAACUAUUCCAACCUACCAUAAA